CUUGCUGUUUUGCGGAUGCAGCCUAACAGGGCUACCCCGGUAUUUCAUGUGCGUGAGGCUUUCCAAACACGAGUUAAAUGGAAUAAAGCGGGUUAUGAAACCUGUUUCUGUUUUUACUGCGGGCGGCACAGAGCCCCCCCCGCCCCAAUUCCUGGGGAAGAGCCCGGGCGGUGCCCUGGGGCGGGGCAGGGGGGGCGCCCGCCCCGCUUUUCAGGCCGCACGGAGCCAGCCCGCUCCCGGCGGAGGAGGCGGCUUCGAGCAGCACCGACCCGCGCCUCCCGCCGCCGGAUUCGGAGCCGGAUUCGGAGCAGGCGCCGCCGCCGUCCACACGGGCUCGGCUGCAAUUCGGGCUCGCGGGGCGCCGGCAGCCGCUUGUUGCUCCGCGCGCGGGUGACGCUCACGUGGUUUCCAGCUCGCGGGGGGAGCGAGGCUCGGGCUGCCGAGCCCGGCCCAGGCUCGCCGCCGCCCCGGCGCCUGCUGUGCACGAAGAUGGCGGCGCCGCUCGCCGGCAAGCCCGGAGCCCUGGGCGCUCCCUGCAAGCCCGCCGGCCCCGAGCUCGACUUCCGCUCCGGAGCCCGCACGGAGGAGCUGAACACGCUCAUCCAGGAAUUCUCCAGGCACGAGCAGCGGGAGUACGACGACCAGCGAGCCCUGGAGAUCCACACGGCCAAAGACUUCAUCUUCUCCAUGCUCGGGAUGGUGCAGAAGCUGGACCAAAAGCUCCCAGUAGCCAACGAGUACCUGCUCCUUUCAGGUGGGGUCCGGGAAGGUGUGGUGGAUCUCGAUCUCGACGAAUUAAAUGUUUACGCUCGAGGAACGGACUAUGACAUGGACUUCACCCUCCUGGUGCCAGCGCUGAAACUGCACGACCGAAACCAGCCAGUCACGCUGGACAUGCGCCACUCGGCUCUGUGUCACUCGUGGCUGAGCCUUCGGCUGUUCGACGAAGGCACUAUAAGUAAGUGGAAAGACUGCUGCACAAUUGUGGACCAUAUCAAUGGGGCCACCAAUUAUUUCUUCUCUCCUACGAAAGUGGCGGACUGGUUCUAUGACUCCAUUAGCAUUGUCCUGUCUGAGAUCCAGAAGAAGCCGCAGCGAGGGAUGCCCAAAGUAGAAAAGGUGGAAAAGAAUGGAACUAUAAUAUCCACCAUCUUGGGAGUGGGUAGCAGCCGCAUGCUGUAUGAUAUUGUCCCCGUAGUGUCUUUUAAAGGAUGGCCAGCGGUGGCCCAGAGCUGGCUGAUGGAGAACCACUUCUGGGAUGGGAAGAUCACGGAGGAGGAAGUCAUUAGCGGGUUUUACCUAGUGCCUGCCUGUUCCUACAAAGGCAAGAAGGACAAUGAGUGGAGGCUGUCGUUCGCCAGAAGCGAAGUGCAGCUGAAGAAAUGCAUCUCCAGCAGCCUCAUGCAAGCCUACCAGGCCUGCAAAGCGAUCAUCAUCAAACUCCUCUCCCGCCCCAAAGCCAUUAGUCCAUAUCACUUGCGGAGCAUGAUGCUGUGGGCGUGCGACCGGCUACCAGCCAACUACUUGGCUCAAGAGGAUUAUGCUGCCCACUUCUUACUGGGGCUCAUUGACGAUCUGCAACAUUGCUUGGUCAAUAAGAUGUGCCCCAAUUACUUCAUCCCCCAGUGCAACAUGUUGGAGCACCUGUCUGAAGAGACGGUCAUGCUGCAUGCCCGGAAGCUGUCCUCGGUCCGCUCGGAUCCUGCAGAGCACCUCCGAACUGCCAUUGAGCAUGUCAAAGCUGCUAACCGGCUGACGCUGGAGCUCCAAAGGCGAGGAAGCACUAGCAGCAUCCCCUCCCCGCAGUCAGACGGAGGGGACCCCAACCAGCCUGAUGACCGAUUAGCCAAAAAACUGCAACAGCUGGUGACUGAGAACCCAGGGAAAUCCAUCUCAGUCUUCAUCAAUCCAGACGACGUCACGAGGCCCCACUUCCGAAUUGACGACAAAUUUUUCUGAGCUUUCGUCAACAUUUGUUUUUAUUUUUUUUAAAGACUUUACAAGGUGUAGGUUGUUUUUUUUGGUGACACGGUCCCUUGUUUUUUACAUAUCCAGUGUAGAUUGGAUUUGUCAAGAACAAAACGAACACAUUAUAAUUCCUGGUUCUGCUGGACAGUGCAGACUUUGAAACAGUAUAUUACUAUUUCAUAUGCUGCUUUGAUUCUCACCCACCCCCCAUCGUUUUUGUGUGUAGUUUUUUAAAAGGAGAACUUGAGCCAUAAACACACAUGCCCACAUCAUUUUUUUUUUU